AUGCCUGAUGAACACCCCUCCAAAUGUCCAAAACUUCAAUUUGAAGAGAUAGAUCGUGAUCUAGGAUCAUGUAAACAAAUAUGUGAAUUUCCUAUCAACAAACAAGAUGAAAUCCGACGAGCUUAUCUCAUAGAAAGUCCAUAUCAACCUAAAAAUAUAGACUAUCCAUACAAUGAUGAUACUCAUCGUCGUCGAUUUCAACCUUCAUGGUUUGAUUCACAUAAGGAUUGGUUGGAAUACACACCUUCAAUGGAUGCGAUAUAUUGUCUAACUUGCUACCUUUUUAGUAAGAAACCAAUAGGUCGUCCCAGAUCAGAUGCAUUCAUUUCAACAGGUUUUAAUAAUUGGAAAAAGGUGAAAGAUGGAAUGAAUUGUCCUUUAAUUCGUCAUGUAGGAAAAGAACCAAACUCCCUACAUAAAAUUGUUGUGAAAUGUUGCGAGGAUUUAAAGAACUAUUCACGACAUAUUGACAAGCUAAUUGAGAAACAAACGUCAAAAGAAUUAGAGAAUAAUCGAUUGCGGCUCAAAACCUCAAUAGAGUGUGCUCGAUGGCUAGCAUUCCAAGCUUGUGCUUUUAGAGGUCAUGAUGAAAGCCUUGAUUCAAAAAAUAGAGGUAAUUUUAUUAAAUUAAUAAAAUUCACAUCAACUUUUAAUGACAAAGUAGCUAGUGUUGUCUUGGAAAAUGCUCCAGGAAAUGCCAAAUAUACAUUACCCACAAUUCAAAAGGAGAAUUUGCAUAUUCUUGCUAGUAAUGUGCAAAAUGCUAUUCGUGAAGAAAUUGGGGAUGCAAAAUUUUGCAUUCUUGUUGAUGAAGCCCGGGAUGAGUCGAAGAGAGAGAAAAUGGCCAUCAUUUUGAGGUUUGUUGAUAAAGAAGGUUUCAUUAAAGAGCGUUUCUUUCAUGUUGUGCAUGUUAGAGACACUACUGCAUUGACUUUACAGAAUGAGAUAUGUGCUGUCCUUUCUCAUUACAACCUCCACAUUGAAAAUAUUCGAGGUCAAGAAUGUGAUGGGGCUAGUAACAUGCGUGGUGAAUUGAAUGGAUUACAAGUUUUUUUUCUUAAAGAUUACCUAUAUGCUUAUGUACAUUGUAUGGCUCAUAGGUUGCAAUUAGCUCUAGUUACAGCAUCUAGAGAAGUAAAAGAUGUUCAUCAAUUCUUUGAUCAUUCGGUUAAUAUUAUAAAUAUUUUUGUUGGUUCUAGUAAGCAUAAUGAUGAAUUACAACAUGCUCAAGUAGAACAAGUUGAGAAUAUGAUUGCUUCUAAUGAAAUUGAGACUGGAAGAGGUGCAAACCAGAUUGGUACUUUGCAACGAGCUGGAGAUACUAGGUGGGGAUCUCAUUUUCAAUCUAUUUGUAGUUUGAUUAAAAUGUUUGAUGCUACUUGCAAAGUUAUUAACACUAUCCCUGAGGAAGGGGCUAACUAUAAACAACGCGGUGAUGCCGAGGGAGCUUAUCAGGUAUUAAUAUCAUUUGAAUUUAUUUUAAUCUUGCAUUUGAUGAAAGAGAUAAUGGGAAUUACUAAUGUUCUUUGUCAAGCUUUGCAACAACAUUCUCAAGACCUUUUAAAUGCCAUGCAUUUAGUUUCAACUACAAAAUCACUUAUUCAAAAGUUGAGAGAUUAUGGAUGGGAGGCUUUACUUGCUAGUGUUAUAUCAUUUUGUGAGCAACAUGAAAUUGAUAUUCCUGAUAUGAACACUCGUUACACUAAAGGUCGAGGUAGAUAUUGUUGUCAAGAUGACGAUUUAACAAUGGAAUAUCAUUUUAGAAUUGGCAUAUUUACAGUUGCAAUAGACUUUCAAUUGCAAGAAUUGAAAAGUAGAUUUUGUGAGCUAAUAACGAAACUUGUCAUUCUUAGUUUAGCUUUAAAUCCCAAGGAUGCUUUUAGAUUAUUCAAAAUUGUUCAUAUAUGUAAUUUGGUUAAGAAAUAUUAUCCUCAAGAUUUCACUUAA